AGAGUAUCAGUGCUCCAGGACAUCGGCUGUACCAACCAAACGAGCUGUGCAGCACCACAGUGAUCAGCACAAGGAUAAAGCUGCUUCACACUUGUGGGCGGCACGCCACAGACACUAUCGUCCAUUGGUCUAAUAUGCGCCGGUCAAUCACAGCCGGCUAACCAGGCAGCUGCGAGUGGAUCAGACCGGCACGUAUGGUUCACUGUGAGCCAUCGACGUGCUUGACAGACCGGAAUAGUGCCCGUUUCAGCUGUUGUUGCUGCUUAGUUCACACGGAUCUAAGUGUUACUCAUCUGUGUUCCGGCAAAAAGUCCUUGUAUAUUUCUUCAACAUGCCAAGCGUUUCUCUGAGUGGAUGUCUUAAGUGCAUCAAAUAUUCGAUGUUCGUGUUUUGCUUGAUAGCCUGGGUCCUCGGCCUGGUUGCUCUGAUUAUCGGAAUAGUCGCAAGGGUGACUGGAAGUUUCGGGCUUUUGGACGCACAUAUUCCCGCGAUUCACUCAGGCGCAAACUUAUUGAUAGCCGUUGGGUUCUUCAUCAUGAUUAUGGGAUUCCUCGGAUGUUGUGGUACUAUUCGGGAGAGUCAAUGUCUGCUGUUCUCAUUUUUCUUGUUCGUGUUCUUCUGCUUCUCUCUGUUGAUGGGAGCCGGACUCUGGGCUCUGGCUUGGUCUUACAAGUUGGACGGCUAUUUCUAUCGCUACUUGGCAACACACGUGGAGAAGUAUCUGGAAGACGAGCCGCAGAAUGAAAGUACUAAACUAAUGGACUUUUUGCACAAAAAGUUCAGUUGUUGUGGACUGCGUUCUGCAGCCGACUAUACAAUUACGCCAAACAGCUGCAAAACGGGGAGUCUUUCACCUUCACAACUUCCGGGUUGCCACAGAGUCCUUGUCGAUACCUGCCAGUCAAAUUUGUCACUGAUAUGUGCCAUAGGAAUCAUCUUUGCCCUCAUUAUGAUUUCCGGUAUGGUUUGCUCCAUGAUGCUGUGUUGUGCGCUAAGAGAGAUCAGCUAAAUGCUUCACAGACUUGCGAUAUUCUGAACUUCACUUGUUCGUCCCCUGACGCAACGCUUGUGCCCGGAAGAAUUGCGAAGAACACACUGUGCAUGCAUCUGUUAGACUAAUAACCAUGUUAUGCUCACAUUUGGACAUUUAAUGAAUGCGUUUAUUGGCAUAUUUACAGAAUGAGUCCUCUAUGACAUUAAGGUAUUUAAUGCUGAGGCGCUGCGCUACACCAGAGUUCCUUUGUAACACUAGUAUUAUUGAAAUUUUGUUUUCGCCAGAACAAUUUUAGAGACCUGGAUGGACCUAUUCACAUGAAAAUUAAACAUAGAGCGUUUUUAUUUGAAUGCCUUUAAACGCUGUACUAAUGUCCUUGUUUGACCCAGCAGUAUUAUAAAGGCGUAGGAAUGUUUCUUUCCCACAAACAUUUUGUCUUAUUUCCCAGACUGCUUCGGUCCAAUUGUAACUUUUAUUCUUGAAUAAGUUGAUUCCAUUUUUAAGGUUUCAGCUGAGAUUUUUAUCCGCAUCAGGAUCGAUAUCCAAAAAUAUGAUCUUGUCCCAAGCGUCCUGUAAAAUUAUUAUGCGUGUGGUUUAGCCAUAGAUGUGUUAUCACUGGUGAGCCAUGUGUUACCAAUGAGUUCUGGGUCACAGAGUUUUAAUUCAAACGAACAUAUAUAAUCGAUUUUUACUAAGAAGCGAUAGUGCGUCAAGUUAGCAAAGGUGCUGGUUCAACUGGUUUGAUUCGUCUCAUAUUCGUCUCGCUUACCACAGUCCAUUAUGCGCCUGGACACACUCCUAUUUCUGGGGGCAGUGCACCACCAGCAUCGCCGUCACUUGAACGCUAGUGAUUUGGCGACGAGUUGGUGGCCUUAAAUACGGGUCUGUCUUCUACUUUCCGAACGCGGCGAUGAACUUGGUACGUUUGGAUUUUCACUUCCAGAAACCGAAACAUCUAACCGACUUUGGUGUUUUGGAUUUCAUAAAAAUUUUAAUUUACUCAAUCCUUAUUAUCUUGGUACCAUACUGUGAAAAAUGUGACUAGUGAAAUGUAAACAGCUCAGUACGAAACGUCUACAACU